AUGGCUAGUCCUCCCGUUCUAGCUUUCGAUGCCGAGGGCCGCCCAGUGAAAUUCGAAACCUGGCUAGAUGACCUGCACCUGUUCCUACAGCUCACUGCCAAGGAAGAUAUCUCACUGUACGACCACGCCCUAGGCCAUGCCACUGCCCCUGACUCGUCUGCUGACAGCACUCUGCGUUCCCAGUGGCAGACCCGUGAUGCGCACGCUCGCUUUGCUAUUCGCAACUCCCUGCCGCUAGACGAGCGCGAGCACUUCGGCCAGUGCAAGACUGCUAAGGACCUCUACACCGCUGUAGUUGCCCGCUACUCCUCACCCGCUUCUGCCACGCUAGGCCGCCUCACUCUCCCCUACCUGUUCCCCGACCUAGCCUCCUUUCACACUGUCGCAGACCUCAUCACCCACCUUAAGACUAGUGAGGCCCGCUUUCGCGCUGCUAUGCCUGCCGAGUUUCUCACUAGCAACCCCCCCCCGCUCUGGAUCACUCUCUACCACAUCGUCACCCGCCUCCCUGACUCUCUGCGCGCAGCACCUCUCGUGGCGACCCCCGCACCCCGUUCUUUGAGGGGUGUUCCCCUUCCCCCCUCCUCCCCUCUGUCGCCUCUGCUGCUGCUGUCGACCUUCUUGGUGCUGAGAAGGUCGGGACCGCGUCUGCUUCGAGCGGGCGCCGCAGGAACAAGGGGGGCAGGGGUGGGGGUGGUGGCGGAGGAGGUGGGGGUGGAGGCGGUGGGAGUGGAGGCGCGGCUGGGGAGACUAGUGGCGGCAGUGGGGGAGGAGACAGCAGCGGUGGGAGUGGUGGUGGAGGCGGCAGCGGAGGCGGAGGUGGUCGUGGCGGCGGCAGGGGUGGAGGUGGCCGGGGCGGCGGCGGUGGGGGUGGUGGUCGUGGAGGCACUGGCGGAGGGCAGAGUCAGCAGCCCGCCCCGACGCUUCAGGCCGCCCGUGAGUGGUAUGCGCAGCGUAGCUUUACCUGCACACUUUGAUGCUAUUCUCACUGCCAUGUAUGCGAUGUCUAUUAGUGGAGAGGGUGCUCAGUACUUGCGUGUUCCGCCCGACCCGGGCAUUCAGGCCAGUCCGGCUGCCGCUCUAGGUGCUAGUGCGUCUGCUCCCACAGGUCCUGGUGAGGCUGCAGCCCUAGGUGCUCGUGCGUCCGUGCCCCCUGGUACUGAGUCGACUGCAGCACUGCACACCUUCACCCUGGACUCAGGUAGUGCGCUCCAGGACGGGGGUGUUCACCAGUUCACCCCUGCCUACGAGCGCGUGACACACUGCACGUGUGCUCGGACGGGUCGCCACCUGGCUACCUUCACUCGGGAGCCGGGGUCGGACCUUUACACACUGACCACUGAGUCCCCUCAGGUAGCUGCGUCCGCGUCUGCGUCUGCGUCAGGUCAGCUGUCUGCCCCCUGCUCGUGUCGCUCUCUGGCGCAUGAGACUGUCCUUUGGCACCACCGCCUUGGUCACCCGUCUGUGCAGCGCCUUCGGGCCAUGCACAAACGGGACCUUGUUGCUGGUCUUCCCAGGGUGCUCCCUCCCCUUCCAGCCUCGCCUGCUCCUCCCUGUCUUCCCUGUGUCGAGGGGCGGCAGCGCGCCGCUCCUCACUCCUCCUCCUUUCCCCCGACGACUGCUCCUUUGCAGACGCUCCACAUGGACGUGUGGGGCCCAGCCCGCGUCCGUGGCCAGGGUCAGGAGAGGUACUUCCUGAUUGUUGUUGACGACUUCUCGCGCUACACCACGGUCUUCCCCUUGCGCACCAAGGGUGACGUCCCUGAUGUCUUGAUCCCUUGGAUCCGCAGAUCUCGUCUCCAGCUCAGUGAGCGUUUCCGCUCCGACUUCCCUGUCCUGCGUCUGCACUCUGACAGAGGUGGAGAGUUUUCCUCUGGCCUCUUGGAGGCCUUCUGUCAGCAGGAGGGUAUUGAGCAGUCGUUCACGCUUCCGGCCUCUCCACAGCAGAAUGGGGUUGCUGAGCGCCGCAUUGGCUUGGUCAUGGAGCUCAACCUCUGGCCCCGUGUCUCCUUGCCCGAGACUUCUCCGACACUGCGUUGGACGGGAGAGGCUGGCGAUGCGUCGCGUUUUCGGGUCUGGGGAUCCCGAGCUUUUGUCCGCGACACGUCCGCGGACAAGCUCUCCCGUCGCGCUGUCCCCUGCGUCUUUCUUGGCUUUGUCCCAGACGCCCCUGGUUGGCAGUUCUACCACCCCACCUCGCGGCGUGUCCUGGCCUCUCAGGACGUCACUUUUGACGAGUCCGUCCCCUACUACCGCCUCUUCCCCUACCGCACUGCCCCGCUCCCCCCCCCGCCUCUCUUCCUCGCUCCAGGUGCUGAGGUACCAGACCCCCUCCCCCCUCAGGGUGCCGCUCCCUCAGGUGUGUCCCAGGUAGACCCGGGUGAGCCUGUCGAGGUAGCUAUUGACUCGCGUGCUGCGUCUGGGGGUGCUGAGCCUGGGGGUGCUGCGUCUGGGGGUGCUGAGCCUGGGAGUGCUGAGUCUGGGGGUGCGGAGCCUGGGGGUGCUGAGCCUGGGGGUGCUGAGUCUGGAGGUGCGGAGCCUGGAGCCCUCUCCUCCCAGCAGCUGCAGGAGAGGUACCUCGAGUACUGCCGCCUCCGGAGAGGUGCUGCUGGAGCUCGUCCCGGUACUUCCCUUGCUACCCAGGAGCUCCCCCCCAUUCAGCAGAUCCGCGAGUGGUACACACGGCGCUGCAGUCUUCGGAGUGGUGCUCCUGGUGCUGCGGACCCUGGGGGUGGCGCUGCUGCUGGUGCUGAGGACCUGGACGUUGGAGCUGCUGCUGGAGCUGCGGACCCGGGCGGUGGCGCUGCUGCUGGUGCUGAGGACCCGGACGGUGGAGCUGCUGCUGGUGCUGAGGACUCGGACGGUGGAGCUGCUGCUGGAGCUGAGGACCCGAGCGGUGGCGCUGCUGCUGCUGCUGAGGACCCGGGCGUUGGAGCUACUACUGGUGCUGAGGACCCGGACGGUGGAGCUGCUGCUGGUGCUGAGGACUCGGACGGUGGAGCUGCUGCUGGAGCUGAGGACCCGAGCGGUGGCGCUGCUGCUGCUGCUGAGGACCCGGGCGUUGGAGCUACUACUGGUGCUGAGGACCCGGCCGCUGGAGUCUCCUCUGCUUCUGGAGACGCUGCGCGGCCGCGACCGUACUUCGUACCGCUCCUUCAGCAGGUUCUUGGGCAGGCUCCUCCUCCUUGUCCUCCUCCCUCCGUAGAGUGUCCUCUGCCUGUCCAGCCGCAGUCACAGUUACCGCCUACCUCGCCUCUCCCUGCUCCCUCUCCUUACACUGGUCCCACAGGAGGUCUUACAGAGCGUCGUGAGCCUGAGUCUCGUCCUGUGUCGCCUGUUCGUCCUCCUCGCACUGGUAGUCGUGUCCGUCGUGAGCGUCCUCCUCCUGUCCCAGGCACUCACUACAUGACUCUGCGUCCCUCUACUGCUCCUCAGCGUGUCCCUCUACCGUCUCCUCCUGCGUCCUCUUUGCCUGACGUUCCGGACCCUGAGUCUGACCGGUAUCGUGCUGAGCACCCUACUGUCACGCGUCUCCUUGCUACUGUUGUCACUGACCCUACCUUUGAGUCCUCGGCUGCGUCUGCUCUGGUCGCUGAGUUGGUUGACUUUGCUGCUGCCUGUCGUCUAGACUACGCUACUAGCCUUGUUGCUGAGUGUGAGUGUGAGUCUGUCUGUCCUCCGUCCGUCGGGGGUGAGUGUGCUCUUGGCACGGACGUCCUUGAGGACAGACAGGAGGAGUUCCAGUGUCUUGCUGCUGCUUUGCCCCGUCUCGUGUCCUUGCUAGUUGCCCCUGAGGGAGACCCGGAUGCACCAGACAUCCCGACCCCGCGCACUUACGCUGAGGCGAUGGCGGGUCCCUACUCCUCUCAGUGGCAGACAGCCAUGGACGCCGAGAUGGCUUCCUGGAAGUCCACACGCACCUACGUCGACGAGGUUCCCCCUCCUGGGGCGAACAUCGUCAGUGGCAUGUGGAUUUUCAGGGUGAAGCGGCCGCCGGGUUCUCCGCCUGUCUUCAAGGCGCGUUACGUGGCUCGAGGCUUCAGUCAGCGAGAGGGAGUUGACUUCUUCCAGACCUUCUCCCCCACCCCGAAGAUGACUACUCUUCGGGUGCUGCUGCACAUAGCCGCUCACCGCGACUACGAGCUUCACUCACUUGACUUCAGCACUGCUUUCUUGCAGGGCAGUCUGCACGAGGAGAUAUGGCUGCGCCGCCCACCUGGCUUCACUGGGUCGUUUCCUCCUGGUACCCAGUGGAGGCUUCAGCGGCCGGUCUACGGUCUCCGCCAGGCUCCGCGUGAGUGGCACGACACACUGAGGACUACACUUGCGGCUCUUGGGUUCGCGCCUUCUACAGCUGACCCGUCGCUGUUCCUGCGCACCGACACUUCGCUGCCGCCGUUCUACAUCCUCGUGUACGUCGACGACUUGGUCUUUGCCACUGCUGACACUGCAGGACUCGCCUACGUGAAGUCGGAGCUGCAGAGGAGACACACGUGCACAGACCUGGGUGAGCUGACAAGUUAUCUUGGCUUGCGGAUCACCCGGGACAGAGCACGGCGCACCAUCACCCUGACUCAGUCACACAUGGUGCAGCAGGUUCUCCAGCGCUUCCGCUUCACGUACUCCUCGCCUCAGUCCACUCCUCUGCCUACCGGUCACUCGCUCUCAGCUCUGCCUUCGGAUGAGUCCGUAGAGCCGAGUGGCCCGUAUCCAGAGCUUGUGGGCUGCCUCAUGUACCUGAUGACCUGCACUCGACCUGACCUUGCAUACCCUCUUAGCAUCCUUGCACGCUAUGUCGCUCCUGGCCGUCACAGGAAGGAGCACAUGGAUGCCGCUAAGAGGGUGUUGCGCUACUUGUGCAGUACGUCGGGCAUGGGGCUUGUGCUUGGAGGGCGAGACCGAGUUGUUCUCACAGGGCACUCAGACGCUUCUUGGGCAGACGACCAGGCCACUCAGCGGUCGUCUCAGGGUUACACCUUCAGUCUUGGCUCUGGCUCAGUUUCUUGGCGCUCUACACGCUCUUCUUCUGUUCUCGGCUCCAGUUGCGAGGCUGAGAUCUACGCUACAGCCAUGGCUGCCCAGGAGCUACGCUGGCUGACCUACCUGCUGACCGACCUCGGAGAGCCGCCUCGUUCUCCUCCAGUACUGUACGUCGACAACAAGGCUGCCAUUGCCUUGUGUGAGGAGCACAGACUGGAGCACAGAACGAAGCACAUCGCCCUGAGGUACUUCCUUGCUCGUGAGCUGCAGCAGCGCGGUCAGCUUUGUAUUCGCUACGUGGCCACUGAGGCCAACACUGCUGAUGUGUUCACCAAGGCGCUUCAGCCUCGUGACCAUCAGCGCUUCUGCACUCUACUAGGCCUUCUUCCCUGCGGCCUCAUUCUUACUGUUUCUACCGCUACUGCUACUGCCGCUAUGGCUACUCCUACUGUACUUACUUUCGAUGCUGAGGGCCGUCCAGUGAAGUUCGAAACCUGGCUCGAUGACCUCCACCUCUUUCUACAGCUCACUGCUAAGGAGGACGUUUCACUGUACGAUCACGCCCUAGGCAACGCUACUGCCCCUCCUACCACUGCUGACAGCACUCAGCGCUCACAGUGGCAGACUCGUGACGCCCACGCUCGCUUCGCUAUUCGUAACUCCCUACCGAUCGACGAGCGCGAGCACUUUGGCCAGCACAAAACUGCUAAGGACCUGUACACUGCUGUAGUCGCUCGCUACUCCUCCCCCGCUUCUGCCACACUAGGCCGCCUCACUCUCCCCUACCUGUUCCCCGACCUGGCCUCCUUUCAGACAGUUGCUGACCUCAUCACCCACCUUAAGACCAGUGAGGCCCGCUUUCGCGCUGCUAUGCCUGACGAGUUCCUCACCAGCAACCCCCCCCCGCUCUGGAUCACUCUCUACCACAUAGUCACCCGCCUCCCCGACUCCCUGCGCACAGCACCUCUCGUGGCGACCCCCGCACCCCGUUCUUUGAGGGGUGUUCCCCUUCCCCUCUCCUCCCCUCUGUCGCCUCUGCUGCUGCUGUCGACCUCCUUGGUGCUGAGAAGGUCGGGGCCGCGUCUGCUUCGAGCGGGCGCCGCAAGAGCAAAGGGGGCAAGGGUGAGGGGUGGCGGCGGAGGAGGUGGGGGUGGAGGCGGUGGGAGUGGAGGAGCGGCUGGGGAGGCUAGUGGCGGCAGUGGGGGUGGUGACAGCAGCGGCGGGAGUGGCGGCAGGGGUGGAGGCGGCAGCGGAGGCGGAGGUGGUCGUGGCAGCGGCAGGGGUGGCGGGGCCGAGGCGGUGGCGGCGGCAGUGGUGGUCGUGGAGGCGCUGGCGGUGGCCAGAUUUCCUGAUGCCACUGAGCUGCCCCGCUGGGCUGAUCUGGAGAAGAAGGGAGUUGAUAUCUGGGCUUUAGACUUUGAUGCUAUUCUCACUGCCAUGUAUGCGAUGUUUACUAGUGGAGAGGGUGCUCAGUACUUGCGUGUUCCGCCCGAUCCGGGCAUUCAGACCAGUCCGGCUGCCGCUCUAGGUGCUAGUGAGUCUGCUGCCCCAGGUCCUGGUGAGGCUGCUGCUCUAGGUGCUAGUGAGUCCGUGCCCUCUGGUACUGAGUCGACUGCAGCACUGCACACCUUCACACUGGACUCAGGUGCUUCUCGCUGUUUCUUUCGUGACCGCACUGUCCUUGAGCCGCUUGCUCGGCCAGUUGCUGUCUCCCUCGCUGACCCCUCUGGGGGUCCGGUCGUUGCGACCUCCUCCACUGUCCUUCCUUGUCCUGCGGUCCCGUCAGGCACACUGUCAGGCCUCUACCUCCCCUCGUUCUCUACGAACUUGGUGGCAGGUAGUGCGCUCCAGGACGGGGGUGUUCACCAGUUCACCCCUGCUUACGAGCGCGUGACCCACUGCACGUGUGCUCGGACGGGCCGUCACCUGGCUACCUUCACUCGGCAGCCGGGGUCGGACCUGUACACACUGACCACUGAGUCCCCUCAGGUAGCUGCGUCCGCGUCUGCGUCUGCGUCAGGUCAGUUGUCCGCCCCCUGCUCGUGUCGCUCUCUGGCGCAUGAGACUGUCCUCUGGCACCACCGCCUUGGUCACCCGUCUGUGCAGCGCCUUCGGGCCAUGCACAAACGGGACCUUGUUGCUGGUCUUCCCAGGGUUCUCCCUCCCCUCCCACCCUCGCCUGCUCCUCCCUGUCUUCCCUGUGUCGAGGGGCGGCAGCGCGCCGCACCUCACUCCUCCUCCUUUCCCCCGACGACUGCUCCUUUGCAGACGCUCCACAUGGACGUGUGGGGCCCAGCCCGCGUCCGUGUCCGAUACGCUGCGCAUCAGCUCAACCUCUGGCCCCGUGUCUCCUUACCGGAGACUUCUCCGACACUGCGUUGGACGGGAGAGGCUGGCGAUGCGUCGCGUUUUCGGGUCUGGGGAUCUCGAGCUUUUGUUCGCGAUACGUCCGCGGACAAGCUCUCCCGUCGAGCUGUCCCCUGUGUCUUCCUUGGCUUUGUCCCGGACGCGCCUGGUUGGCAGUUCUACCACGCCACCUCGCGUCGUGUCCUGGCCUCUCAGGACGUCACUUUUGACGAGUCCGUCCCCUACUACCGCCUCUUCCCCUACCGCACUGCCCCGCUCCCCCCCCCGCCUCUCUUCCUCGCUCCAGGUGCUGAGCCUGGGGGUGCGGAGCCUGGGGGUGCUGAGUCUGGGGGUGCUGAGCCUGGUGGUGCGGAGCCUGGGGGUGCUGAGCCUGGGGGUGCUGAGUCUGGGGGUGCUGAGCCUGGGGGUGCUGAGUCUGGGGGUGCUGAGUCUGGGGGUGCUGAGACUGAGCGUGCUACACCUGGAGGAGCCCUCUCCUCCCGGCAGCUGCAGGAGAG